CUAUGAGAGACUCUCCCACUGCUGCUAGGAUGAGUGUCUCUCAGGAGAGAGAGGAGGCUGCAGGUCACAGUGAGACACUCAGACCAGAGUCUGCAGCACACAGCUGUGUGCAACAAAGCAGCAAACCAACACACUCUGAUGGAGGAACUCACCAUGCUUCUGUAAGCAGAGCACACCCACGUUUGCUGAGAUAUGCCUGUGAUCUCACACUGGACCCAAACACAGCAAACAGAAAUCUCUCUCUCUCUGAGGGGAACAGAAAGGUGACACAUGUGGAUAAGCAGCAGCCGUAUCCUGAACACCCAGAGAGAUUUGACUCCAGUUAUCCUCAGGUGUUGUGUAGAGAGGGUCUGACUGGACGCUGCUACUGGGAGGCUGAGUGGAGUGUUGAUGGAGAUGAGAUAUCUGUGGCCUAUAAAAGCAUCAAGAGGAAAGGGGACAGUAAUGAUGUCAUAAUGGGACGGAAUGCCAAGUCCUGGAGUCUGGACUGCCAUCCUGACAGUUACUAUGCCUGCCACAAUAAUAAACACACUGAAAUACCUGCCCCCUCCUCCGGCUCCAGAACAGUAGGAGUUUACCUGGACUGGCCGGCCGGCACUCUGUCCUUCUACAGCGUCUCCACUGACACACUCACCCACCUGCACACGUUCCACUCCACAUUCACUGAGCCCCUCUAUCCAGGGUUUUAUGUUUGGAUUGGCUCCUCAGUGUCCCUGUGCAAGAUCACAUGAGCUCCCCCUGCAACAGGUA